UCUCCGUUUAACUGCGAAUGAUGUACACGUUAUGGUGGAAAUUAGUUCUACUCCACGUAUCUGGAUGUCUAGCACUGGAGCGGGAGAGUCGGCCAGAUCCACGCAUAGUCGGUGGCUUUCCAGCCGAUAUCGCCAACAUACCCUAUAUAGUGUCGAUACAACUGUACGGCAUCCACCAUUGUGGCGGCUCCAUAAUAAAUAACCAUACCAUCCUAACGGCUGCCCAUUGUUUAUCCGGAGUGCCACAUCGUCUGCUGAAAGUUAAGGUCGGCGGUACGUCGCGCUACCGAAAUGAUGGGGAACUGUUCUCGGUGGCUGACCUCCAUACCCACGAGCAGUUCAAUGCCAAGACCAUGGACUAUGACAUCGGAAUCAUUAGGUUAACUAAGAACCUAACGCUAUCUAGGAAGGUAAAGGCCAUUCCCAUAAACCCCAAGAAAGUGGCCGCAGGCACCUAUGCCACCAUUGCCGGCUGGGGAUUCAAGUCCAUGAAUGGUCCUGCCUCGGAUAGUCUGCGGUAUGCCCGAGUUCCCAUCGUCGAUCAGGCAGCCUGCAGGAACUUACUGGGCAAAACUGUGACGGAUCGGAUGCUCUGUGCGGGCUACCUCAAGGGCGGCACGGAUUCGUGCCAAAUGGACUCCGGAGGACCCUUGUCGGUGGCGGAGCAACUGGUGGGCAUCGUGUCCUGGGGCGUGGGGUGCGCUCUGGCGGACAAGCCGGGGGUCUACACCCGCCUCGAUGCACUGCAGCCCUGGCUCAACAAGGUCUUGAAUAAAGCAUAAAGAAUAGAUUCUUGAUUUGAGCUGUGUGCACAUCAGUUUCACUCUUUAAGCCGUUUGCACCCAUGAAAAGCGCAUAAAAACGUGCAAGUAAAUGCUUUUACGCGUAAUGUAAAGCUCUACUUAUCGUAAAAAAAUAAUAAAAACUUAAAGG